CUAAAUUAGCAACCACCGCCUUCACCACGAACGUCCACCAAGACCGAACUUUCGCUUGUUUGACCAUUAUUCUUUCGAGACCUAUGUCUUCGACGCUGAAGGACUACAUUGAAACACAAGACAGUCUUCUUAGGGAGGCUGCUGAGGCGCUGCCCCACCAGUUCAACCGUUGCACAUAUCCACUUGGCUCCAUCAGGCAGCCUGUAUACCUCUGCCUUACUUGUGCUUUACCCCGUGGUAUCUGUGCAGCUUGCUCGGUAGCUUGCCAUACCGACCACGAGCAAGUAGAGUUAUUUCCGAAGCGCGACUUUUGCUGCGACUGUCCUACCUCUGCCCUGCACCAUCCGUGUACUCUCCAUACCACCCCAGAAGACGAAAACACCACCAACCAUUAUGGACAGAAUUUCAAGGGAGUAUUUUGUCGAUGUGGAAGGCCGUAUGACCCCAAUACAGAGAGGGAGACGAUGAUUCAAUGCUUGGCAUGUGAGGAUUGGUUUCACGAGUCGUGCUGUAAUCUACGAGAACGGCCAGAUGCAGACCUCCCAUUGUCAACAAACGAGCCGCAAGCUCAAGCAGAUCCACAGCCACAAAGCGACGAUGUCGACGAUGGUGCAUCUGAUGCGUCGUCCUCAGAUCUUCCGCCGCCCCUCAUACGCGCUUCUGACUAUGAUAGUUUCGUUUGCGCAUCUUGUGCUAGGAAAAUUCCUACCCUACUUCGAUACGCUGGAACCAAUGGCUGUCUUGUCGUCGUCAGAGAUGAUGUCUCUGCACCUUGGAGAGUUAUCAGAGAGACAAAAAAUGAGACUGUCGACGUUGAUGUUCCUGUCGGGUCGAAACGCGCGCAUUCUUCGUCUGUUGAAGGGCCUGAAGCCAAACGUACUCGGACCGAGGGGUCCAACCCCAAAUCUCCAUGUCUGGUACCCCCUACUAACUCAGUCGCGCAAGGCAUACUUAUUGCAUCGAAGCCUGACCUUGGAACAGGCGAUGUGUUUCUCACCGAGGGCUUCAGAGACCGGUGGUGUCGUUGUGGAUCGUGCCUUCCUUCUCUCGAAGCCAACAAGUUCCUCCUCUUGGAGGAGGAGACAUAUGAACCCCCUGAUGAUCCUGAUUCGGGACUCUCUCUUGAAGAACUGGGUAUCAGAGCCCUUUCACGCCUCCCCCGAGAAAGAGCCAUUGAUGGAAUACAUGCGUUCAAUGCCAUGCGCGACGACUUGCUGAAAUACCUCCGUCCCUUUGCCCAAGAAGGAAAGGUAGUUGGUGAGGUAGAUGUCAGAGCCUUUUUUGACAGGUUGCAAGAGGAGAAAGCGCUUGGAGUGGCGCGAUCGUGAAGGAUCUACUCUUGUUUUCUUGUUCUAAGAUCACCCGAUACAUCAAGGAAAAUUGCAUGAGCGCUCUGGGCUCAGAUGUGGUUCACGCGUUCUAUCUCGGUUCCGCAGCUAAGAUCGUAUGCUUAUCGCUGCUCUGCAUUCAAGUACAUACACCAUCUGGAGGAUACAUCUGACCGUGCCCUGGGAAUGUUUCCCUGCAAGUUUCGUGGAUUCCGCAGGACUAAUAAGCGAUGUUUACGCACAUUCACAUCCUACAUUAAGGCUAUACCGACAAAUGGCCGGAAAAAGACACCUUUUAUGUAGAUCUGUACAAACGUUGGUCUAAAGAUGACCUAUACAUCAGAC